AUGAGGGUGUCCAAGAUGCCGUCUCCUGUGAGAUUCAGCGGGAGUGGCUUUCUUCGACAUCAUCGGAGAACUCACACAGCUGGAAAACCUUUUGAAUGCUCAGAGUGUGGAAAGAGAUUUAGUGGUCUCCAAAAACAUCAGAAAACUCAUGCAGGGGAGAAAACUUUAAAACGCUCAGACUGUGGGAAAAGAUUUAGUAAGAACAGAAGUCUUCAAAAGGAUCAGAAAACUCACACAGGAGAGAAACCUUUGGAAUGCGCAGUGUGUGAAAAGAAAGUCAGGCAUAGCAGCAGUCUUCAGUACCAUCAGAGAACACACACAGGGGAAAAACCUUUUGAAGGCUCAGAGUGUGGAAAGAGGUUUAGUGGGCACAGCAGUCUUCAGCUGCAUCUUAGAACUCACACAGGGGAGAAACCUUUUGAAUGCUCAGAGAAUGGAAAGAGAUUUUGUCAACUUGGCCAUCUUCAGAAGCAUCAGAGAACCCACACAGGGGAGAAACCUUUUGAAUGCUCAGAGUGUGGAAACAGAUUCAGUGGGAGUGGCAGUCUUCAACAGCAUCAGAGAACUUACACAGAGGAGAAACCUUUUGAAUGCUCAGAGUGUGGAAAGAGAUUUAGUGAGAACAGUAGUCUUAAAAAGCAUCAGAGAACUCACACAGGGGAGAAACCUUUUGAAUGCUCAGACUGUGGAAAGAGGUUUAGUGAGAAUGGUAGUCUUAAAAAGCAUCAGAGAACUCACACAGGGGAGAAACCUUUUGAAUGCUCAAACUGUGGAAAGAGGUUUAGUGAGAAUGGUAGUCUUAAAAAGCAUCAGAGAACUCACACAGGGGAGAAACCUUUUGAAUGCUCAGAGUGUGGAAAGAGAUUCAGUCAGAGUGGCAAUCUUCAACAGCAUCUGACAACCCACACUGGGGAGAAACCUUUUGAAUGCUCAGAGUGUGGAAACAAAUUCAGUGGGAGUUACCAUCUUCAACAGCAUCAGAAAACUCACACAGGGGAGAAACCUUUUGGAUGUUUAAAGUGUGGGAAGAAAUUCAGUCAGAGUGGCACUCUUCAGCGGCAUCAGAGAACUCACACAGGGGAGAAACCUUUUGAAUGCUUAGAGUGUGGAAAGAGAUUUAGUGAGAAUGGCAGUCUUCAAAAGCAUCAGAGAACCCACACAGGGGAGAAACCUUUUGAAUGCUCAGAUUGUGGAAAGAGAUUCAGUUUGAGUGGCAGUUUUCAUCAGCAUGAGAGAACUCACACAGGGGAGAAACCUUUUGAAUGCUCAGAGUGUGGAAAGAGAUUUAGUCAGAAUGGCACUCUUCAUCGGCAUCAGAGAACUCACACAGGGGAGAAACCUUUUGAAUGCUUAGAGUGUGGAAAGAGAUUUUGUGAGAAUGGCCAUCUUCAAAAGCAUCAGAGAACCCACACAGGUGAGAAACCUUUUGAAUGCUCAGAGUGUGGAAACAGAUUCACUGAGAGUGGCCAUCUUCAAAAGCAUCAGAGAACCCACACAGGUGAGAAACCUUUUGAAUGCUUAGAGUGUGGAAAGAGAUUUAGACAGAAUGGCACUCUUCAGCGGCAUCAGAGAACUCACACAGGGGAGAAACCUUUUGAAUGCUUAGAGUGUGGAAAGAGAUUUAGUGAGAAUGGUCGUCUUCAAAAGCAUCAGAGAACCCACACAGGAGAAACCAUUUGA